AUGGACAAGGUGGCCGCUGAAGUGAGGUUUCGCGAUGACGCGGCAACCGCCGACCUAACGGGCAUCUUGACGGAAGAGGUGGCGACCACUGUCAGGGAGGCUGCCCUGUACUCCAUGGGCACGGACAUCACCGCAGCAGACCUACAGCAAAUCCAAGAGUGCUGCACCAAGCUCAUCGCCCACGCCCAGGAGUACCACCCCACCGACUAA